AUGUUCAACCCGGUACUAAGCAAUCUCUGUCUGCGGCAGGCUGCCAUUAAUCGUCUGCGAGCAUAUAAGCCGCCACCCUUCCCGCUAUGGGAUCGUCUCCCUAUCCGAAUGCGCGCUGCUGUCUUGGUCCUGCUCUACGCUGAUCGUUUCGGAGACCUACGCGUUGUCAUCACCAUGCGGGCCGCCAGCCUCCGCAACUUUUCUGGCCAUGCUGCUCUUCCUGGUGGCAAGGCCGAUACCACGAGUGAAUCGCCUUACCAAAUAGCGAGGCGAGAAGCUUGGGAGGAAAUCGGCCUGCCUAUGGAAGAUCGGAAGAUUCCAAAGCCGUUCCGCGUAGAGAAGCUAUGCUAUCUUCCCCCGUUCUUGGCCCGCACCCACAUCGUCGUCACCCCGUGCGUGGCGUACCUGCACGCCGACGCACUCACGCCGGGCGAGUCGCCCCCGGUCGUGGAGCAUACACUGGUGCCGAAGCUCGACGCGAGCGAGGUGGCGGCCGUCUUCACGGCGCCGUUCUACAACUUUCUCAAGUCGCAGGACCUGCCACCCCAGCCCGGCCACGUCUUGCCGCCCGGCCACUGGUACGACGGCGCCUGGAUCAACUGGAAGGACGUGGCGUGGCGCGUGCACAACUUUUACGUGCCGGUGAACAACCAGCAGGUGUCGCGGCCUGUGCAGGGCAGCGAGGCGGUGGAGGAGACCAAGCAAGAUAUUGACUUCGAGGGCCGCUUCAGGGUCUGGGGCAUGACGGGCCGCGUCAUGGUCGAUGCGGCACGCAUCGCCUAUGGCGAGCCGCCUGAGGUAGAGCAUAACCCGGGACUGGGUGACGCGGACAUCAUCAUGAUUGCGGAACAGGAUGGCGCCUUUAAAGAAGCGGCGAGCAAGGGGCCGUCGAGGAUGUAA